AUGGACACAUUUCCAACUUCUUAUAACAUGAAAAAUUCCGAAUCUGGAAGCACGGCAUCGUUAGAGAGCGGUACGAAUGUGCAUGAGAGAAACAUACUUUUUGAAGGGGAGGAUGGCAUGUCCAGAUGCAGGAAACGGAAACGGAAGAGGAGGAGGGAACAUGCGCACGAGGCAGACACGUUGGACGAAUGGAACGAAGAGAAGGUAGCAAGUGAGACGAGCUAUGCAGAUAAAGAGAAGGAUGGCAAAAGGGAGAAACGAAAUGGACGAUCACGCAAAUGCGAAGAUCUGCACACCAACGACAGUAUCAGUAAUUGUGAAAAAUCUAGUGAUCUAUCCUUUUCAGAUGGAAGUUGGUUUAAAAAGAAGGGUCACUCUGCUAGUGGAGAUGACGAAAUGAAGAUGAGUCCGGCACACCGUGGGGGUACCACCACUGAUAAGAGAAUGAAGCGGAAAAAGAAAACUUCAAAAUUGGGAAAAGGAAAGCAAAACGGCGCUGAUCAUUAUUCGGAGAGCCGAAAAGAGGAAGAGAUUUUUACAAACCUCUCCCAGAUGGAGAGUGUGUUGAAGGGGAAACAAGGGGGAAUGGUAAUAGAAGACACGUGCAGUGAUGGCGACAAUGGUAACUACAACGGUUUCGAUAGCGGUGUCGAGAAAGAUGACCACUUCUCGGACGGAAGUGUCCUGAAGGAAGGCGAUGCGAACGUGCUUCGCGACUGCGACCUGAGGGAUUUCCACGGGAGCACGGGAAAAAUAAUCAAGUUGAGAAUUCGGAAUUUUUUAAACCAUGAAAAUUUGGAGAUGUCUUUCAAUUCAAAUAAAAAUAUAAUUAUAGGGAAAAAUGGAAAAGGAAAAAGUGCCAUCGCUCAAGCUGUUGCAGUGGGAUUAGGUAGUCAAGGAAAGCACGCAGGAAGAGAUAUCAGUCUCUCAAAUUAUAUAAAAGAUUACGAUAAAAAUAAAAAGAAUUUAGUUUGUUAUAUAGAAAUAUUCUUGUCCAACUCUGGAAAAAAUUCUUACAAGAGGGAAUUAUACGGAGAUGUUAUUGUAGUAAAGCGCAUUUUGUCUGCACAUACUAGUAAAUUCUUUCUCUAUGGAGUGAAGCAAAACACAAAGGAUGGUACCUCCAUGUAUGUGCACGCCCCUGAAGUGGAAACUCCAGGAAAAGCGAAUAUUGCCACAUGUGGAACUCCCCACGAACCUAAUCCACCGAAUCUAACGGAUUGGAAAAUCCAUGGGCGUAAUGCAAACAGGAGUGCAAGAAGAAAGGCAUUCAUAGAUAGCUAUCUGAACUUUAUCAAACUAAAUAUAAGAAGCCCAUGUGUGUAUUUGGAUCAAGAGAAGGGGAAGCAAUUUUUUAGUAACAUAACGGAAAAGGCAUUGCACAAAUUCUUUAUGAAUUCAGUGGGGCUAGAUAUAGUGGAAUCCGAAAUUGAGAAAGAGAAUGAGCUAUUAGAAAAUUGCGUUGUUCAAAUAAAGCAUAAGGAGACUCAAUUAUCUCCACAGGUGGAAGAAAUGAAGCGAAUGAAAGAACGAAAUGAAAUGUUAAAAGGUGAAUUCGAAAGGUUAAAAGUUUUGGAUAAUAAUUACAAAAUGGUUGUCUUCUUUAAUCUUCUAAAGAAUACCAUCAUUCUGUUCAAUGAGUAUUUAAAAUCUGAAAAUUUAAAAAACGAACAGGUAAUUAUAAGUAUACAGAAAAAGAUGAACAGACUUGUGGACCAAAUUGAACUUGUAAAAAUGGAUGUCAAGAAGGUCGUCGAAAGGGAUACAGAAGUUUACCAUUUUGUAAAAAAGAACCAAGAUAAAGUGGAAAAGUAUACAGAUAUGAUUUGCCAGUUGAAUGAACUGAAGAAUGAGUAUGCUAAUCGGAGGAACGAAAUUGUGAGUUAUUUGAGUUCCUUUGAGAAGGCCAAGGAAAAUAAAAACCUCCUGCAGGAACAUCUGCAUAAUUACCAAUCCGAAAUGGACAAGAUUAAUGAAAAAAUGAAAGAAGAAACAGAGCGAGAGACACAACUUCGUAACGAAAUCAGCAAGAGAGAAAACCAAAUAUAUGAAAUGGAGUACACCAUAAGUAAAGGACACAACGCGGUCGAGGAAAUAAGCAAGAAAAUGCAUCUCCUUAAAAUACAUUCCAGUAAAAUUCAAAAAAUAAAGAACACACAAAUAAAGAGGAAGAUUUACACCUACGGGUAUGAUAUUUACUCGGUUCGGAGUAAUAUUUUAAAAAAUUACAAAAUUGUGAAUUCUUCCGAUGAUUUCUGUUCCUCUGUGCUUUACCCACCAGAGCUGUUUCCCCACGGAAAGAACAGCGUAUUGAUUCAUAAUGAAAAUGUAAAACAAACUCACGUUAAGGAGGAGAACUGCGAUUUGGUAUUUAAAUAUGAACCGAUAGGACCGGUGGGCGAAUACAUACGGUUGAGGGAAUCUGUCGUGAAUGAGAAGGUAUUAUCAAUCAUUGAAAAACAUCUAGGGGAUCUCUUCUACUCUUGGCUAGUCAGUUGCUAUGAAGACAAAAAUAAACUGAGUAACAUGGAAAUAGAAAAUAAGAACAAAAUGAACAUUAUCGUAACGAACGCCUUUCAACACAUAAACAGAAAAACGCUUUUACAAAAUAUUCACUCCAUUUUAAACAAAAUGAAUGGAAAGACCAUUUACUCCUUUUUGAAUAUCGAUCUUCUUCCAACUUCGCUUCUCUUCUAUCUGCAUGAUAAUUUUAAAGUGGUUCAAACUUUGGUGUGUAACAAUUCAGAAGAAUUGCAUGAACUUCUCAGAACAAACGAUAAAAAAAUUGUUAAGUCCAUCUACGUGGUAGAUGAAUUUGUAGUAGUCAAGGUACUCCCCAAUGGGGGAUUGCAUUACCAGCCUUCCAAAGAAGAUUACUACAAGAAGCCCAUGUUUCUGAAUAUGCACAAUGAGGAACAGUCCAUGUAUAAGACAACUGAAGGGGGAACAACACUGGACCACAAGCAUCAAAACGGGACGAACAUCGUCACAAGUGGGGCAAAUGGUACUGUUGAUAACUCCAAUGGUUUGACAACAACUGCGUCCACGAAGCAUAACCCUGGGGAGGAUGGCGUGGCAAAUUCGGAUUACAAAACGAAUGAAGAAAAUUUAAGCGAAUUAGAAAAAAGGAAGGAGGAAAAAAACGAAGAAAUUGUCAGAACCUCCAAAAAGUUACUAUCCUGUAAAAACGUCUUAGAAAGUUUAAACGAAUCCUUAAAAAAAUGUCAAUAUGGUCAAGACGAAUUGAAAUACCAGCACCGAAAUAUCGAGGAACUGAUACAAAACCAUGACGACAUUUUUUCUGAACAAAUGGACUUGGAAAUUAAAGAAAAAAAUAAGGAUAUCGAUGAAAUAGAUGAAAAUGUUAUAGAAAUUGAUAAGUAUGUAGAAACACUGGAAGGGAAGAAGAGGAACACUCUUGAUAUUUGCCUAACCCACAAACGGUUAACAUCAACACAUGCUAAUUACUUGAGUAGGAAAAAGAACAAAAUUUCUAGCUUGAUUGAAGAAUAUAACAAUCUGUGUGAAGUUCUAACCAAACUGGAACGAGAUAAACUGAGAAAUGAUGAAAUCGCUUCCAAAAAUAAGAGAAAUUUCUUGGUAGCCAUAAACAAGCUACACAAUAUUUAUUUUGAAUGCCUUGCAAAUGAGUUUCCUAUCGCGGACGCAUUUUUGGAGAAUCCUUUCCUGGUGCUAAGGGGAAGACCAGCUAAUGUGCCAAUAACCAACAUUCUUAUAGAUCGCUCUGUGGAGGAGAAUCAGGUGAAAGAUGCUAACCCUGAGGGGGUGGAAGAAUCACGUGGAGAAAACAGUACCCUGCGCAAACAAUGUGAGGAGAAAACAUAUGAACAUAUAAAAAAUGACGAUGAUGUUGAGGAAGGCACAGUGCGUGUUACCUUCACUGUGGAACAUCCGAACAGCGGCACAUCCAAGGGGGAGAGCAUCUUCACCUGUGUUCCCCUCUCAAAUCUGAGCUCCUUUAAUCAACUCUUUGUCCUCUCAAGGAAGGACGAAGGCACCAUGGACAAGGAGGAAAGUAAUUACAAUGUGGAUGUCAAUUCGUGUGAUAAAAAAAGGGAAAGCGAAAUAAAGGUCCUUCGAGAUUUGGAACAAUACGUAAAGGAAGUACUGACCGGGGGGAAGACUAGCACUAAUAGGAUCGAGAGCAACGUUGCUCCAAUCGGGGGUAGCCAUGGCAACUUGUUUAGCGAGGAAGGCGACAGUUGUGAGGAGGAUGCAGCGAAUAAUACGACGAAUAGCGCGGGGAAGGAAUCUCCAGAUGAUGGCGCCAAAGCUGAUGAUAUCGCCGUUGAUCUGCUGGACGAAAACUACGCCGACGUGUUGUGGAAAAAGAGAUGCAAUAAAAAGAAGGAAAUCACUGAGAUGCUUAAAAUAAACGGCUUUAACCAAAACGACAACACAGACAACUCCAUAAAAAAUUAUUUCCACAGUUUAAUUGAGCAGUACGAAAAUGAAGAAAAAAGUUACAAGACACAAAUGAAACAAAUUAACGACUUGAAAAAUAACUAUGACAUGCAUUUGGCGAACAUAAAGCUACGGAAAACUAAGUUUGGUCAAGUUUUAAAAAAAACAAAAGAGCAAAUAACUACACACUUUAAAAAUAUGCUGAAGGGUAUGAACAAUUACCAAGGAAAAAUAGAAUUUGACGAUUUAAACCGAAAUUUAAAAGUUUUGGUUUCGAUUAAUCAAGAUUUGUCCAAGAAUAUUUUUAUGGAAAUCAGCUCCUUGUCCGGUGGGGAGCGGUCAACCAUUCAGAUGGCUCUCCUGGCAUCCUUGUCCCUCACGGAAACUUCUUCCUUCCACAUCUUCGACGAGCUGGACGUGUACAUGGACGAGCUCACUCGGGUGAAGAACAUGCAGCGCUUUUGUGAAUUUAUAGAACAGAACAACGACAAGCAGUACUUCUUCAUCACGCCGCACAUCGAAAUAACGGAGUUGUUUUUAGGAGAUGCCAAGGAGAAGAAAGCCAAAAUAUUAAAUUUGUCUUGA